UCGGGAUUUCUCAACUAGUGGCAGACAUUACCCACGAUCUGGCCCGCAAUUUCCAGUUUUUGUGGACGAUUUGACAAUUUGAUGCAACCCUGGUUGCAUUGGCAACCCGUUUGCAGCGUUGCCAGAUCGUGCGGUCAGCGAAAUGUCGUGUGGGGCCGGUCGAGGCAGGGGUUGGUUAAAUUUGGGCCCGAAUGCGGAGCCCCCGAAGCCCAUGGGGCUGCCCCCGCCGGUUGCCCCAUCGCCGGUGGAGGUGAGCCCCGAGUACAAGGAACUGGUAGACAGAGUCAAGGAACUGAACGUGAACGAUGAUGGGAUUCUUUUGAAUCAGAAAGUUAAGCAUAUUCAGAGCUUUUGGCAGAACGAGUGUCACAGUCAGGAGGAAGUUCAGGCGAGUUUCGAGCAGUUGUACAACGCAGCGCUUCACGAUUCGGAAUUGGCAUCACAGUUGGUAACUCUAGUCUCAUUGAGGUCUUCAGACUCAAAAACGCAUGAUUGUAAUAUAAGAUACGAGUUUUUGAAGCGGUUGCAGAGGGAUUUUCAGAACAGUAAUCAGUUGCAAACAACUAAUCCCUCAGUGUUCAGGAAUUGUAUGCUCAUUAUAGGAGAAUUUUUCAGUAAAGCUAGAUUAUCGGAUGGGGAACCUUACAAGUUUUUGAUAACACCGUUUUUUUCGUGCCUAGAGUUAUUACUAGAGAGCAAGGCUCUACCUGAUCUCAUUUUAUUCACAAGACAAUUACACUUAAAUGGCUCAACUUUGAGAAGUCGAGUGCCUGAAGACCUUACAAAGCUAACACUUAAAAUAAGAACAUUAUUAGCAGAACCCCAACUUGUGAAAGAGGCAAGAUUAUGGCUCUUGUUGGCCUUAGACCUAUGUAAUGUCCGAUUCGGGGUUCUGCCAAAUGAAAUUUUUAAAUUUUAUGAAGAUCAACUCGGAAUUGUGCCCAUGAUCAACUUCCAGAGGCCGCACGACCCUCUCAGCAUUCAAACUGUGCACUCGAGCAAAGUCCUUGACAGUUACCAGAGCAACGUAAACGUGUUACAAAUUUCAACCUCCCCCACUGAGCCCCCAAAUGACGUCCAACAGUUUGGCAACCCUGAGUACAACGGUACUCAACACAAGAAAGACAAGCCUGGGCGACCUAUUCUAGGCGUGGGUGCUAGGUUUAUAAAUAAAAAUAAGGAUGAAAACGGUUCUUGGAAUAAUAAGAAAAGCUUGUCUGGAAGGGCACCUAAGAAAACCCCACCUGAUUUUAAAAAUAAAGGGUGGGAGCAUGAUGACAGAUUCGAGAAUGAUUAUAGUUAAAAAGUGAUUUGUUUUUAUUAGGUUUUGGCAAAUAAUUUUAGUCAAUUUUAGUUUUUGCACUUAGUGAUAUUCAUGACGUUCUAAAGAACGCUCAUAAAUACUCUAGUUAAGUGAUCUUCAAUUAGGUGAAUUUUUAAAAAGGUUUUUAUCUCGAUAGUUGUAAUUUUUAUAUCAUGUAGAUGUAUGUAAUCCUUUAUAUUUAUAUUAGUAUGGUGUGUAUUGUGGUUGACAUUUUAUGUAUAUUUUUGAGUUUUAUUUUGUGUACCAUUUUUACGUUAAAUGCUGAGGCUUAUAAUAUUUUAUUGACGAAUUUUACAUAAAAAUAAUUGAUUAAUUUUAUUGCAUACAGAAAUAUUUAUAAGCCUGAAGCAAGCACUGUUGUCUGAACAAAAAACCUAUAAUUUAUGGUGCAAAGAUAAUUUUUUAAAUAAGCCGAGUUGUGUAUCAUGUUAUGAAUUGGAAAAUAAAGAGAGAACAGUA